AUGCUCCGAUCUUCCCAAACUCCGACGACGGCAACAACGCCGUCACGGAGACGCUUCAUACAUUGCAGUAAGAGAUCUGACUCCUACGCCAACGGUUCCAGUAGAUCAGAUUGGAAAAGCUCUUGCGCCAUUCUCUCCGGCAAAGUCGUUUCUCAGGAGCAAUCUGAAUCUGUACUCUCCGCCGUGAACGGUGUCGCUGAAAGCUCGGGAUUGAAUCUGGUACCGUUCGAUAACAAUUCGUUGGUUCCGAAUCAGCAAGCGAAGAAGAAGCCUCUCACCAUUACCGAUCUAUCUCCGGCUCCGAUUCACGGAUCUAGUCUUCGAGUCGCAUAUCAAGGCGUUCCCGGAGCUUAUUCCGAAGCCGCCGCCGGUAAAGCUUACCCAAACUGUCAACCGAUCCCUUGCGAUCAAUUCGAAGUCGCGUUUCAGGCGGUUGAGCUUUGGAUCGCGGAUCGCGCGGUUUUACCGGUUGAGAACUCUCUAGGAGGCUCGAUUCAUCGGAACUACGAUCUUCUCCUCCGUCACCGACUUCACAUCGUCGGAGAAGUUCAGCUUCCUGUUCACCACUGUCUCAUGGCCCUUCCCGGCCAUUUCGAGUACAUGUUUUACGUCGACUUCGAGGCCUCGAUGGCGGAGGCGCGUGCGCAGAACGCGCUCUCGGAGGUUCAAGAGUUUACAUCGUUCUUACGAGUUUUGGGGAGUUAUCCGAUGGAUAUGACUUCUUGGUCACCGUCGUCUUCUUCUUCUACUUCAUCAUCAUCAUCAUCUACGUUUUCAUUGUAA